CAACGUUUCACACGAGUGUGGAGGUCAACAACGUUGUCAGGGAUUUCUUAAUUUAGCUAAACGAUUGAAAUAGAUGUAUAAACCUAGCUACAUUGUGAGAUCGGUGCUGACCAAUUUAGUCAAAAGAAUAUGCUUCUGUUUUGUCCAACAUGUGGGAAUGUGUUGAUUGUAGAGGAAGGACAGAAGUGCUAUCGAUUCGCCUGCAACACAUGUCCGUACGUGCAUAACAUUACUAGGAAGGUAAACAACAGGAAGUAUCCCAAACUGAAAGAGGUUGAUGAUGUGCUUGGUGGAGCUGCAGCCUGGGAAAAUGUGGAUUCCACGCCAGAAAAAUGUCCCAAGUGUGAGCACCCCCGAGCAUUCUUCAUGCAGAUUCAGACAAGAUCUGCAGAUGAACCGAUGACAACGUUCUACAAAUGCUGCAAUUAUGAGUGUGGACAUCGCUGGAGAGACUAAACUAGUGUUCAAUUGGAUCUCUACUUGAGAACACUAGUUGAGUCAGCUAACCUGGUUUUAUGGUGUAUGUGCUGUAGCCAAAUCUUCUGUUGUCAUGCCAGACAGCUUUGGCAUAACCGUGAAUAAACAGAUAGGAGUUUGCUAAUAGCACAAACAGACUGGACCAUGUGGCUUCUAGUUGACCACACCAUUGGUGCCAAGCGUGUUGGGGGAAAAGUAGCAAGAGUUGAUGUAAUAUACACUUCUACCAAAUGUGCUUCAUACACAAGAGUAUGUCCUUACUUUAUUUAGCAUUGUGAUUAGUUAACUUCUCUGGGUUUUGUUUCCUAUUACAUUCAGAAGUCACUUCCAAUUUAUAGCUGAAGAUACAUAAUUUGUGUUUGAGUAGUUGCCAAAUGGCCAGAAUCCAUUGUUGGAGUCAUUAUUUUAUUUCUCCUAGAUGUUUUACAUAAUCCAAAAACAGUCAUUUUUAUAGUAAAAGACUAUGACCAGCUGACAAAUUACUAAUAACAUAAAAUCACAAAUACUGGUUUGUUUUGUUAAAAUAACUGCACUGUAUGCAACAGUAAUGAGCCAACUCAUCAUUUAGAUUUUGCAUGUACAUUAUACAAUUCUUUAUUUUUUUGAGGGGGCAACAGACCAAACUAUCUACCAACAACAAAGACCAUCAUUGUGCUUAAAGUUAAAUACAAUGUUCUUACACAGCUUCAAGCCACUUCUCACUGCAUGUAAACGAUUCAAGAGCGUACAAAGUUAAGAGACCAGCCUGUGAAACAUAUCCAUAAGAAUGCAUGUACAUGCAGACAUACUCCACCUGCCAUCAGUGUUUACUGUAUAUAAUCAUGCUGGUUAUUGGUAGUAUUAAGAGGAGACGAGAGAUCCUACAGAUGAGACUCAAAUGAAGCAGACAAAAGAUCUUGCAUACCAUACAUUGGUGUACUUGGACUGGAUCGAACACGUUAAUAUGAAGCAGGUGAUGACAUCACUCGAAUCUGCAUUCGAGAUUACAUUAUUUCAGCCAAGACUUGGUGACGAACUUGCUUUUGUACACCUGUAUCUCUAUGGCAUCUCAGACUAACAUGCAUCAUAGCAAUAGUGAUCAAACCUAGACAAGGAACACUAAAAAGAAUGAGCAGAUUGUGGCUUUGAGACCUUAACUUUGCUUGAACAGAUGAUGUAGCAGGUUUAUGCACAGAAAUGCUGAAUAUGAAAGAAUGUAUGAGAUUGAAUAUAAAGGACAUUCUGUUUAUCAUUAAAUACACUAUGUAACCCAUCAAAAAAGGUAGUAAAACAAUGGCGAGGGAAAAACCCUCGAUGCACUCUACUUUAAUUAUUCCCUCUGAACAUCAACUGACAGACAUGACCAGUGAAAGGAUAAUCUGUUUGGGAUUGGGCAGCACAGGUUGACACACAUUGGCCUCGUGACACAGACUGGACAUAUGGCCUGGGAGAGGACUGCACAAAAUUACAGUGAUAUCAUGCAGAGCGCUUCAUCAUUCUAAUGUGCCUCUCCAGCAGAGCGGAUUGGACUCUGCCAGCCAGGUCGGCUUCGCUCCGUUCCUUUCCUAUACGGAAAAAUACAAGGAAACUUAUUUUUCUCUGUGGACUGAUAGAUCAACUAGAAAAUCUCAGCCUCUGACAUGUGCAUGGUUAUGGUGCUCGGUGACUGCAUGGAUGUUGAAGCUCAAUGUAGUCCUGCAUCAAUGACAGGUGAUGUGUUUGUGGAGAGUACAGGAUUAUGAGUAAAGAUCAGGUUCACUCAGACACUUCAUUUGACACCAAGCCACAUGUAAAUUAUCCUUAAUAUGACAUAUAGUCCAAGUUGUUGACAAAAGUCUUCCAAAAUAAGCUAGUCUCCUUACCAGUUGGGUCUUAAUGAUAAUGAAGCUUGGCAAGCAAGGCUAUAAAGUAGCUAACUGAAUGACAGUCUAAACCACUUAAAUAAAUAAAAACUAUACAGUAAAGUCAUGGCAAUUAUGGUUUUAUGAAUGUAUGAAAUUUCACAUGGGAACUUGUGCAUUCGCAAUACCAUUAUAUAAGCACACAUUUUCUUCAUUAUCAAAAUUGAAUACAUUCAUAUGGACAUGACUGGCAUUAUUGUGUAACAACUCAAGCAAAAAUCACUGGACAUCAAGUGUAUCUAAAGCACAUGGAAGAUUAAAAAAGACAGUAACACAUACUUAUCUCACUUAAGUGAGGAAAACAAAAUAAAUUAAACUCAGUCUUACCGACUCGAGUUUGUCCUGACAAAUCUGAUACAUGGUUAUUUCCUUGUAACAUUUGAAAUGGAUAUACAUUUAGGUUGUAGGACAAACAGGGUGAUAGAACAUAAACAUAAAGUAGGUCUCAGACAUGGACGUAACCUUCAUUGCGCUCAAUAUUAACAUGUUAAAAUACAUUAAAUAAUUACAGAAACAACAAAAUACUGACCCUGCAAUUGCUGAUGAUUGCUGACGAUUUUGAUUAAAGUGACAAAUGUUUACAA